AUGGCCGGAGCACCUUCCCGCCGCCAGCCAAUGGAAGCGCGGCACUCUCCGCCGCCAGCCAAUAGGCGCGGGGGGCGGGGGCUGGGAGUAACGCUCGGAGCGGCGGCGAUGGCCCCGGAGCGUGGUGACCGCCCGCUCCCCGCCGGUACCGAGGGUCUUCCCCGGGUUUUCCUGCAGAGCCUGCGGACUCUUUUCGAUAUCCUGGAUGACCGGCGGCGGGGCUACGUGCACCUACGGGAGAUCGAGUCGCGCUGGCGGGGAGCGGAAGCCCAGGAGCUGCCCGCCGGGGUGAUGGAGGGGUUGCGGCAGGCGGCGCCGGCCAGCGGGUACCUCACCUUCGAGAGGUUCGUACUGGGGCUGCGGGCGGCACUGCCUGGGACUGAGCCGCCGGUGGAGGGUGGCAGCGGCGGACGGCGGAGCGCGGAGAAACCGCCGAGCCCUCGCUGUUCCGAGGAGCGGCGGGGAAAGAGCACCGGACAGCGGGAACCGGGGCACGGCCAGCCCCGAGGCCGCGGUGGUGAUGCUAAGUCUGCUGGGAAGCCCCAGGGAGACAGUGACCACCCAGGGGCUGGGGACACUCGGAGGCAUCAGAGAGGCCGUGCAGAGCACCGGAGACACACCAUCACCAAUGGCGUGGACUUCAGCAUGCUGAAGUACAUGAAGGAGCUGGAACUGGAGAAGGAUUUCCUGUUGCAGGGCCUGGAACUUAUAGACCGGGCUCGAGAGUGGUACCACCAGCACAUCCAGCUCAUGCAGGAGCACCAGCAGCUCCUGGGGAAGAGGAGAACCAGUGCUGAUUUCCCUGAAGGUGGCCAGAGCCAUCUGGGGCGCCUGGUCCCCAAGCUGCAGGAGGUGAACCGCUGCCUGGGUGACCUUCUUUCCACUGCCAGCAAGACAGCAAACCCCUCCUCAGCACUGAGCAGGCUGGUCCCUGUGACAUCCCCAGCCUCCACAGGCUCCCAGCAAGCCAUCAACAUGCUGAAGGAGCAGAAUCGGCUUCUCACCAAGGAGGUGACUGACAAGAGCGAGCGCAUCACCCAGUUGGAGCAGGAGAAAUCUGCCCUGAUCAAGCAGCUCUUUGAGGCUCGUGCCCACAACAACCAUGAGAUGAGCCAGCUGGACUCCACCUUCAUCUAGCCUCCCCUGCCCCAUCCCCAAACUUACCUGGGGGAUUUCAAGGGACUCUUGCCCCAAACUCAUCACACCUGCUCCUCCAGGUGUUGUGUCUCAAGGUCUGGGGCUGCUGGUGGCAUCUCUGUGCAAGGAAGCCAGGACCCCUCUUGGGGAGCAUCCCUGCCCUGCUGAUGGCUUAUCAGCCAUGCUGCUCUCGAGCUGCUCCUUUCCUGUCUCUAAGUGGGCUGCAGGGGUGCUGUCCCCAGCCCUGUGACCCCCCAGCAUGCAGGAGACAUGGCUGCUGUCUGUGCUGCCUGUGUGGGGUCAGCUACUGUGCCCUUAGGCUGGAUUUUGGGUGCUCUUGGGAAAAAGUGAUGUAUCUUCGACAUUCUAGCCAGCAUCUCCAGAAGGAGAUGGCCUGGCCUUAGAGGGUGCUGGCUCCUGCUUGUCUUUUCUUGGAAGACAAGAUUGGAAAUCCAAGGAGGCAUGCCUGGCCCCUCUCUGCUUCCUGUGUUCUGCCUGCCAGAGGCAUUGUCCGGCCCUGUAGUGCCCAAACUGGUGGUCCUCAUGGCAACCACUCUCACGUUUGUGGUAGUGAUACCAUACUUGCUAUUUACAUGUCUGUAGGCUCCUAUAGGGAAUGAGCCAUAGACCCAACCAAGAUAGCCUACACCUCUGAGCUGCUUUUUUGGGCUCUUGAGAAGUUGAGACAGACACCUCACUGUUUACUUGACUUGACCUGGCAAAUACUUCCUGAUGUCUGCCAGGAUUGGAUUAUUUUCAUGAUGACUGUGAAAGGAGAAGUGAUGUUCCAUGGCCUGAGGACGCUCACAUCAGCCUGACCUCACAGAGGGCCUUUAGAACUUGGUUUUGUAUUUUACUGAGUGUGGGACAGAGCAGAGGCUGACAGGCUCUUCCCUGUGCACAUCUACACAUGGAGAAGUGGCAGCUCUGCCUGACGUGGUUGUGGAGGCUGCUGUCAGGGGUGACAUCCUGACACUGAGCUGCACUCCUCUGCACGUGUCUUGAGCGGUGGUGGUGGUGGUUCAAGAUGGGUCCUAUUAGAUGGCACAUUCUCAGGACUCCUGCUUCCCACCCAGCUCAGUGAUGAUGCUUGGGCUGAAUGACAUUCGACUGUGCCUUGGUACUUGGUAUCCAUGGUACUUUCACUGGAGAUCCCAUGUAGCACAGCCUGGCCCUCUGUAUCCCCAAGGCCAGGACCUUUCUCUCUGGCGUUGUUUCAUGGUCUGACUCUCCAGGCAUGAUGCUGUGGCACUGAGCUGAGCUGGGCAGAAGGUGCUGGUUCUGCCCUGAGCUGACACAUGCAGGCCAAUUCUGUUCUCACUUCUGUUCUUAUCUGUCAGGACUCUCUGUCCCAUCCAGCUGUUCUCUUUGAGACUCAUCCCAAGCUAAAGCUUACUGCAAGGCAUGAAUCCCUACUCUGCCCUGUGCCUGCAGCUGGAGUGGGGAUCACCAGGGAGAUGGUGGAGGAGGAGCAGCAAAGGCCAUGGUUAGUCAUGUCCCCUGUCUGCAGGAGUCGGCUGUUAGUUGUCCCGCAGGCAUCAGUGCCUGCCAUCCUUUUUGUGAUGCCUUCUCUAGUGUCCAGUGCCUGUUUUGCCUGAGGUUAAUUAGAACUGACCCUUUUUAUGAGGGUUACCUGUCUGUAGGGAUAAUAAAGUGGGGUGACCUAUUUAAUUUA